AUGGCCGGCACCUUCGACUUUGAAGCCUUCAUCUCCUUACCCUCUCAGGGAGAGGUUGUCCAGUCUAUCGUUCCGAACGGUGCCAAUCCAAACGCCAUUACCACCACCACCGAUAGCCUCGGCAAUCCAAUCAUCACCAAUGCCAACGACAACUCGUUACUUGGCCCUGCUAAUGACAUGAUCUCUUCCUUCCCUGACCAAGGCAUGAGCAGCGGUCUCGAAAGCAGCAGCCAUCAGUACAAUGGAGGCAUCGACAUGAUGAGCAGCUCCACCCUCAUGAGCCAGUCCAACUCCAUGAUGUACUCUGGCAGCAACUAUGGCGACUCGUUCGGCAAUCACAACAUCAAGUCUUGGGAUAUGGGCAACAAUGCUGGCGCUGCAAAUGUUGCUUCUUCCUUCGACUUCGGCGGCGUCGGUGCAUCGGACCCUACAGCCAACGUCGACGGCGGUGCAUCCACAGCUCAGCUUCAGAACGGUCCAAUGGCCGCGCCCGCUUCCUUAACUUCGGACCCCAUCACCGCUCCGCCAAGCGGCGCGGCCGAGAAUGGCAACAAACGCGCUCGCGACAUCACCGCCUCAUAUCGCGACCAGAUCGCUGCUCAUCAUUCACACCUCAUGAACAUCAGCACUGCGCUUGGUCCCAAUGGUUCCGGUAGUCGCAGCACCUCUUCCAUCCCUCGCGUGUCAACCUUUAAGCACAAUCCCAUGAACCGUUGCAUCACUACUUCCAAUGCAGCCAAGUUGAACCUUAGCCUACAGGAACGUCGACGACUCUCACGACAGGCAGCCAAGCACGGCCCCAACACCGCCCAGUCUCAGCAAAACGCAACAGCCCAAGGUGCCAAUGCCUUUGCUCCCCUUGCCGGCCGAGGUGCCAAGCGUGGUCUUAACGGCGUCAGUGGUCAGAUCAGCAGCACUCCCCAACAGUCCCUGCCUCUACCAUCCCGCAGCGUCUCGUUCAUGAACGAUUCGUCAGGCUCGUCUGUAUCCUCGUCCAGCACGUCACCUCAAAAGAUGCUUGAUAGCCGCUCGUCGAGCUUCAUGCAGUCCACUUCCAGCAACAAUGUCGCUAGUCCCGGUGCAACCGGUAAUGGUCUCGGUGCACCUUCAUCAGUGUAUCAGGGUAGCUUCAGCACCACAUCGGGCGAGGCGGUUCCCACCUCGAACAAGUACUCGACCUCAGGCAUCGAUGUGCUUGGCAUUUUGUCCCGCGCCAUCACGCGUCCCAACCCCAGCAUCGCGCUUGGUCCUGUGGAUCUGUCUUGCUCCUUUGCCAUCUCUGAUGCUCGUCAUCCCGACCAGCCUCUUAUCUAUGCCAGUGAGACCUUCUGUCACUUGACCGGUUACACUUUGCACGAGAUCCUUGGCAAGAACUGUCGCUUCUUGCAGACACCCGGCGUGCCCUUGGAGGCCGGCGCCGAGCGUCUGCACACCGACAAUCGCGCCGUCGAGCAUCUCAAGCGACACAACAGUGGCUUCCGUGAAUGCCAGGCCAGUCUCAUCAACUACCGCAAGGAUGGCAGCCCGUUCAUCAACUUGGUCACCGUCGUGCCUGUUUCCUGGUCCGACCCUACGCAGGUCGACUUCCUCGUUGGUUUUCAAGUCGACCUGGUUGAGCAACCUGGCGCCAUCCUCGAGCGCAAGGAGGACGGCUCGUACCUCGUCAACUAUCGUUCCAUCAAUGAUCCUCCCCCUUCGGCCAUCCUUGGCGCUGACGAGCCGGUCAAGGACGCUGACGCCGAGGCUUCGAAGCAAGCUGCUAUCGCCGCCGACAUCCUUGAUCUGAUCCAUGGCGUUGGUCCUUGCGAUUCUAAACAGUGGUCGCGAGUUUUGCUCGAGAACUCACACGAUCUCAUCUAUGUGCUCUCGCUUAAAGGGACCUUCCUCUACGUCUCGCCAUCGAUUGAGCGUAUUCUUGGCUUUACCGCCGAGGAGGUCAUCGGCAAGUCUAUUUCAGAGUUCUGCCAUCCUAGCGACGUUGUCCCUGUCUUCAGAGAGUUGAAAGAUUCGACGAGCAAUGCUAGUAUCGCGGCUGCUGCAUCGCGCAACAUCCGCACUGAAGGUGUUGCCAACCCGCUCACCAAGGGCGGUGGUGGCCAAGCUGGUCCUCGUGUCAACUUGAACAUGCGUAUGCGUCACAAGCAUGAUGGUCAUCGCUGGAUCGAGAGCACCGGUAAGCUGCAUCUCGAGCAGGGCAAGGGCCGCAAGGUGGUCAUCUCGAGCGGUCGACCCCGUCCAGUCUACAACCUGGCAUGGGAGCACGUCCGCCGUGGUGCCGAAUCGGCACAGCCCUCGUUCUGGUCUAAGCUGUCGAUCGAUGGUGUCUUCCUCUGCACCACCGGUCCCGUAGCUGAUGUGCUCAACUGCGAUGGUAGGGACAUCUUUGGUCGUCAUGUGCUUGAAGUGACCAACUACGAAGCUGCGCCUUCCCUUUUGCAGGCGCUCCGUAGCAGUCAGGCCAUGACCGUCUCACAUUUGAUGGGUGAUGGUGUCAACAAUUCGGUCCCCGUCUUCACAUCCUUCUACCCUUCGUCUGCAGCCGCUGGUCCUGCACUGCCUACCGUGUUCGUGCACGUCCAGCGUGCAUCGGCCGAGAGCUCCUGGAUGAUCCCCAAUGUGGCUUAUCCCAAGGGCGGUCCUCAGCCUGCCUUUGACUCUACAGGGACCAGCGUCGACUCGCUGACGUCGGUAUUUGCGGAACUAUCAACAUACCGCAGCAGCUCGUGGGUAUUCGAGAUGCACCAGCUCAAGAAUGUCAACCGCCGUCUCAAGGACGAGAUCCGAGCACUGCGUCGCCAGUCAAGAGAUCACUUUGCUCUGGGCCAGCAAGGCAUGUCGGCCAACGGCGUCAAGCUUUCUACACCGCAGAGCCCCACUAUGGCUGGUGGUCGACGACACAGCGGUCACAUGGAUGCCUCGCCGUUUGGCGUUGGAAUGGGUCAAGGGGCAGUAGUUGCUCGCAUUCAAGCACCCAGUCCUAUCCGACGACGACCCGAUCACGGCCACGGUCACCGCCAGCACUUGCGUCCUACAGCGGCUUUGCAGUACCUGCAUACGGGCAGCAGCACCGAUCGUGGCAGCAGCAGUUGCUCGGGAUCCGAGAUCUCGCCCUUCGGCAAACGUGCUCCCAACGAGCGUCGUUCUGGCUCGGGCAAUGCUUCGGACGAGACAGGUGCUACCACCACAUCGGGCGACACUUCGGAGAAGGAUGGCGCCUCCAACAACGGCAAUAGUACAGGCAGUGGCAGCUCAAGUCGUCGCAGCUCAGCCGAAGCCUGCUGA